AUGGAAAAUGGUAUUGAAAUAGUAGUUAUUGAAGAUUUAGAGGAGUAUUUACAUAUGGAAGAUAGUAGCUGCUCAGAGUUGGAAGAUAUUGAAGAAUUUAGGAAACAUGUUACGGAUUCUGAACAAGAUUGCGAGGAUUUUGAAUUAUCAACUGAUAACGCAAUCAUUGAUCAGACAUAUCACACGAAACCAUACCUGAAGAAGACGUACCAGCGAGUUCAUUGCAACGUAGCUAUUAUUUGGGAAAGGAUAGUGCAACUAAAUUGA